AUGCUGGUCAGUCUCAGUAUCUCCUCAACCAAUCACAGCUCUGCUCUCUGAUUGCCUUGAUCUCUGAUUGGCUAUCUGUCUGUGCCCUGUGAUUGGUUGUGCAGGCUGGGCGGAGCUCCAAGAGACAGUUGUUCCUCCUUCCAGGGGGCAUCGAGAGACACCUCAAAAUCAAGACCUGCUCAGUGAGUACACACACACACACCCCCCCACAGCAGUCAAAGGAUAGGCCUAUUUUCACGUUGUAAUUGUGUGUGUAGGUGUCUCUGGAUGCGAUAGAGGAGCUGUGUAAUGAAAUUGGACUGCACAGACUGGAGUCCAUGGAUGAGUACGCUAUAUUCCUGGUCACACACCGAGGUGAGCCUCACACAAACACACACAUAAAGGACGUGAGCUGAAAAGCGGCUGGAGUGACGUGUCUUUCUGCCUGCAGGUCAGAAUGUCCGUCCCCUCAAUAAGAGGGAGUACAUCCUGGACAUUGCUACGGAGGCGGAGCCAGUGGACAGUAAUUACAGCCUGUGGUUCAGGAGAGUCAUCUGGACACAGCCGCUCAAAUUUGACAACGAGCUCUGUGUCACCAUGCAUUAUAACCAGGUAUAA